AUGGGUGCUAACACUCACCAAAACGCGACCCAACCACAACCCAACAACGAUGCGACACAACAACGACGCGACCACGCGACACGACAACAAGAACGCGACAUGACCGGCAACGCGACACGACGGCGACGCAACGCGACAACGACAACGCGACGCAACAACGACAACGCAACGCAACGACGACCACGCCCACAACGAGGGACGGACAGCACGUCAGCGCCCCACCACGUCAACGGAGGGCCACGCGAACAGACGACCCACGCACCACCACAUCAACGGACCGCCACCACAUCAACAGACGACGCCCACGUCAACGGACAACGACGGCGACGUCAGCGGACGACGACGCCCACGUCAGCGGAAAACGACCACAUAAGCGGACGACGACGACGUCAGCAGACAACGCCCACGUCAAUGGCCGACGAAGACAACGUCAGCGGACGACGGCGAGCACGUCAACGAAGACACGACAGGAAUGACGUAAAGCACAGGCCGACGAACAGCGACGAGGCCCAGUACUCCCCACCACACUCUCCCCCCUCCAUCAGUCCCCACCACUCCAUCCACCCUCCCUCUCUUCCCUCCCUCCCUCCUUCCCUCCCUCCAUCCUUCUUCCCUCCCUCUGUCCCUCUUCCCUCCCUCCAUGCCCGCUCUCUCUCCAUUCCCCCCCCCUCUUUCACUCCCUCCCCUCCAUCACUCCCUCCCUCCUCCAUCACUCCCUCCCUCCUCCAUCACUCCCUCCCUCCUCCAUCACUCCCUCCCUCCUCCAUCACUCCCCACCACCUCUCCCCAUCACUCCCUCUCCCAUCACCCCUCUCUCCUUCACCCCUCUCCCCCUCCCCUCCAUCCCUCCCCCCUCCCUUUAACACUCUACGUAGUAAGAUAAUUUUGUAG